ACUAUAUUUUAAAACGCAGCAAAGUGGCUUAUGUUUAAACCUUAUGCAAAAUAUUUUUGAAAAAAAGAUCGCUUUUCAUUAACUUUUUUAAACAUGACAGCCGUACCUACGCAUGCUGGAUCUUUCCGCUCGCUCGAGACACCCUUGAGUGAGUCUAUUUUAUCUACUCUUGACGAAAUGGGGUUUGAGACCAUGACACCUGUUCAAUCAGGUGCUAUUCCUUUAUUUAUGAAAAACAAGGAUGUUGUAGUUGAAGCUGUUACAGGUUCUGGUAAAACUUUGUCGUUUGUCGUGCCCAUUCUCGAGAAAUUAUUAAGACGCGAGGAACCUUUAAAAAACCAUGAAAUCGGAGCAGUAGUGAUCACACCCACACGAGAAUUAGCACAACAGAUCCACUCAGUAUUUGAAAAGUUUGUCACACAUAACGAAAGAGAAGAGGAUGUUCGACUCGGUUUAUUCAUUGGAGGAUCCAGUUCUUUAGCUGAAGACAUUACCACCUUUAAAAAGACACAUCCACGUAUUUUGAUUGGAACACCCGGUAGAUUGGAAGAACUCUUGACCAAAUCUGCACAACUUGUAAAUACAAAAGAAUUAGAAGUGCUUGUUAUGGAUGAAGCAGAUAGAUUAUUAGAUAUGGGUUUUUCCAAACAAUUAAGUAGUAUCAUUGCCCAUUUACCAAAGCAACGUCGUACAGGUCUCUUUUCUGCCACCAUGACAGAUGCUCUUUCGGAAUUAGUACGUGCUGGUCUUCGUAACCCCGUCAGAAUUGUCGUCAAAGUAGAGGAUUUAGCCAAUAAAGGUGUGAUUCAGCGUACUCCCGCUACUUUGGAUAUUGAUUAUUUGGUCUGUGAUGCUGACCAAAAGCUCUUACAGUUAGCUCGCAUCUUAUCCAGUGAAUUAGAACAAGAAGAUGGAUCACGUAAAUUCAUUGUAUAUUUCGCUACCUGUGCCAUGGUUGAUUACUUUUACAAGAUCCUCAGUCGAUUAUCUAGCUUGAAACCCUUUUCUUUCCAUUCACUUCAUGGUCAAAUGGACACUAAACGUCGUUCAGCCACUUAUACUUCCUUUACAGAACUCUCACCUGCUAUCCCUGCCGUCUUGCUCUGUACUGAUGUCGCCUCUCGUGGUCUUGAUAUUUCAGAUCUCGAUUAUGUCAUCCAGUACGAUCCACCUCAAGAUCCCAAAGCCUUUUCACAUCGUGCCGGUCGUGCUGGUCGUGCUGGUAGAAAAGGUAGAGCCACCGUCUUAUUAGUACGUGGUCGUGAAGAAGUCUAUGUGGAAUUUCUCAAAUUACGAAAGAUCCCAUUGGUGCGCCGAUCUUAUAUCUUACCCGAUCACACUUUAUUCGAUAAUAGCGUCAACGAAGAUGAUAUGGAUGAUGACAAAGCAACUUCCGUCCAAGUCAAGGAUGAUUCUCUUGCGGAUUUCAUCAAGGAUGUACGUGCAAUUGUAAAGACAGACAGAGAUCUUAAUGAUCGUGCCAUCAUGGCCUUUGUAUCUUGGGCAAGAGCCUAUUCAAAGCAUGAAGCCAGUUAUAUCUUUAGAAUCAAAGAUUUAGAUCUGGGUAAACUGGCUAUGGGUUUUGGAUUAUUGAAACUGCCAAAGAUGCCUGAAUUAAAGGCACAACAAACACAGCCUGGAUAUGUGAAUCCAUUUGUUGAGGAAGAAGGAUUUGAUUGGGAUACAUAUAAAUACACAGACAAGAUGAGAGAAGCAAAACGUUUAAGAGAGUUGAAGGAAUAUCAAGAAAAGAUGGCGAAGGCUAAACCUCAACCCAAGAAAAAGGUGAACGCUGCUUGGUCUGAAAAGGUCGAUGCUAAGGAACGUAAAGUAGUGCGUAAAGAAAAGAAACAGGCCAAGAAGGAAUUCUUGAAGAAGCAAGAAUUAGAGGCAAAGGAAACCAAAAAGAGAGAUUUAGAAGAGGAUUUAGAGGAUUGGGAGGAGGAAAAAAUGGCUAAAAAGGUUAGAAAGGGUCGUAUGGAGAAGGGUGCUUUUGAAGAAAUGUUUUAAACAAUAAAGGAUAUUUAUUUAUCUA